ACCUAUUUAUUUUGUCAUGAUUAAUUCUUUCUUGGCCUGUGACUGGAUGAGGACGUCUUCCGUGAUUAAUUGCUGAUCGGACUCAACCUUAUUUUUUCUCUGGAAUAUUUAUUUUUCAACUUAUUUUCUCCAAAUCGUUUUUGCGUGGCCAUCAAAUCAUUUAUUACUGUCACCAUGGUUGCACAUAAGAUGUUGAGUUUGGUACUUGUUGGGCUAUUAUUGUCAUCUACUGCUCAUGCUGGCCCAUUGGCAGCUGGAGUUUGUUAUGCUGGAUGUGCUGCUGUAACUGUAGCUUGUUUUUCGGCAGCUGGAUUCACUUUCGGCACCGUCCCCGGAGCAAUUAUUGCUGCUACACCCGCGUUAGCCGCGUGCAAUGCAGCCUUUGGGAUUUGUGAAGCUAGCUGCAUCGCAGCCUUGGUCGUACCAGUACCUUAAAAAUAUUUUCAUUUUAAACAGCUCAAAAAAUAAACUUUUUUUUCCAAUUAAACAUAAAAAUUUUUAUUUUGAUACAUUAAUUUUGCACUUAAAUACACAAAAUAAUAUCAUCAAAACUAGAAAAUAAUCUUUUGCAUAUUAAAUAACUUAAUGUUCUAAAUAAACUGCUUUUUUUCUUUGAUUUUGUUAAUUGUUUUUUUUUUUAUUCAAUAAACUAUUGCUUUUAAUAUAAUA